UUUAUAUGACGGUUUUCUUGACAAUAAGCUCAAAAUAUAUGAUGUAAUAGCCAAACUCACCAAAAGAACCGAACGUAUUAUGUGCUUAGAAGUUACACAGACAGUGUUGCCAGAUAUCAACGUAUACUUACUGUCGUGUGAAUUUUAUCUUUAGAACAGAAUAAUCAUAAUCAAUAGUUCAGGAUCGUUGUCAAUAGCUGUAAGCUUUAGAGUAUUAACAAUAUAUAUAUUUGAUAUUGUGUGAUGUUUCAGCAAGAACAGACACUAGUAUGUUUGGAGAGACGUAUAAAAAAAUUAGAAGACCAAAUACACGGAAAAAAUCUGAAGCGUAACCAGGGUUUAGAGCAAUCGUGUAUUGAAGCUUUGACCAAGAUUCAGAAUCAACUGCAGUCAGCAGUUACUGGAAAAGAUAAGAUCACCGAUGCAUUUGAGAAAUUGAGUGAGUUAGAAAAAUUCCUUGAUCCAGACUAUGCAGAUAGUUUGACUUUAACAGAAGCUGCAAAAUUGGACAUUGUGCUUGAAGAAGAAGAACUAGUUCGUCAUAUUAUUGACAGUUUGCAAAAAGUAGAAGACCUGAAAAGUGUGUUGGACAGUGAGCAUAUUAAAGCAACUCAGCUUCUACUUUGAAAGUGGGCA